AUGCAGAUCAAGGUCAAGACAUUAACAGGAAAGGAGAUCGAAUUGGAUGUCGAAUCUGAUGAUAAAAUAUCCAAGGUGAAAGAUCGGAUUGAAGAGAAGGAGGGGAUCCCACCAAGUCAACAAAGACUGAUUUUCGGCGGAAAACAAAUGCCCGAUGAAAAGACUGUCAAGGAACUGGGGAUCGAAGGCGGUUCGACUUUACAUCUUGUCCUUGCUCUCCGAGGAGGAAAAUAG